AUGUCUGCUCAAGUCAAUGACGAGGCUCUACUGGAGCUUAGCCAGCAGAUUCAAGCUUUGGGAAACCAAUUCCAAACUUCAAUCCAGAAGGGCUCGCAACGUCUCGAUUUGUUGUCUGUCGACGGAAGUGACAAACCUCCACUUCGCAUGCUGGACCUGACAGCACCUCUACUCGUCGAACUGACCCCACAGACGAUGUUAAGCAUCUCAUUCGUGUGGACGUCCAAGAAUUUUGGGGUGACCUCAACCCCGCUACCUUUCACGACUGUUGAGGAUUAUUUUCGUUGGUACAAAAUGCCUAAUAAAUGCAAGGUCGAUUACGCAAUCAUGAAAUUGAAGGGCAACGCUCGCAUUUGGUGGCUGAAUAUAGAGGAACAAGCCUUGCGUUUGGAACGGCCAACGAUUUCUGAAUUGGCUGAGAUGAAAUUUCGCCUCAAGGAGAGAUAUAUGCCUACUGAUUAUAUGCCUCAAGGAGAUGAAAUUUCGCCUCAAGGAGAAAUAUAUGCCUCAAGGAGAAUUUGUGCUGGUGUGGCAAUGGCUGAGACAAUGUUUGUGUAUUCUCUUGCAACACUUUUACACUCUUUUGAUUGGAAAUUGCCACAAGGAGAGAAGUUGGAUCUCACUGAAAAGUUUGGGAUUGUCUUGAAGUUGAAGAAUCCUCUUGUUGCAGUCCCAAUUCCCAGGCUAUCUGAUCCUAAACUUUAUGACUAG